AACACCACAAUCUCUGAAACGAUUGGUUCGAAGAGUGGCAAAGUGGGCCCCACCGUUUUCACACACACACACACACAGAGACUCAUUCUUCACGGUAACGGCGAAUUCUAUCCCUUUCUUUCUUUCUUUCUCCGUUCGUUGGAUGUUUUGAAGAAGAUGACCGAUUCUUUCGCUAAGUAUGCGUCACACAUUAACGCUUCUAAUUGUUACCGCCACAAAAAGAAAACUAUGUUUAUCUUUUCAACACCGUCUUCUUCUCCUUCAACCGCAUUUUUCUCACCACCUAGGGCUUCAAAUUCUAAACCUCUUCUUUCCAUUUCUUCUUCCAACUUUUAUCUUCGAUCCUCAACUUCUUCUGUCUGUUCUUCAACUUCUCUUACUUUCAAGAUUCCAAGAAAACCUAAAGAAAGUUACCUCGUUUCUGCUAAUAUGACCUCUUCUGUUUCUAACCGCACUUUCCUCAAUGCUCAAAAUGAACAAGAUGUUCUUUCUGGUAUAAAGAAGGAAGUAGAAGCAGGGACUCUUCCUCCUGCAGUUGCUGCAGGGAUGGAAGAAGUGUACCUUAACUAUAAAAGUGCAGUUAUUAAAAGUGGAGAUCCAAAAGCAGAUGAGACUGUAUUGUCAAAUAUGACUGCUUUAUUAGAUCGUAUAUUUUUGGAUGUGAAGGAGCCUUUUGUCUUUGAACCACACCAUAAAGCAAAGAGAGAGCCUUUUGACUACUACAUGUUUGGACAAAAUUAUAUACGCCCCUUAGUUGAUUUCAAACAUUCUUAUGUUGGCAACAUGCCCCUUUUCAUGGAAAUGGAAGAACAACUUAAGCAGGGACACAAUAUUAUCUUGAUGUCAAACCACCAAAGUGAAGCAGAUCCAGCUAUUAUUGCAUUGCUGCUUGAAGUGCGACUUCCAACUAUUGUUGAAAACAUGAUUUAUGUAGCAGGAGAUAGAGUUAUAACUGAUCCUCUAUGCAAGCCCUUUAGCAUUGGCAGGAAUCUGAUCUGUGUUUAUUCGAAAAAGCACAUGCUUGAUGAUCCAGAACUUAUAGACAUGAAAAGAAAAGCAAAUACACGAAGUCUGAAGGAAAUGGCCACACUUUUAAGGAGUGGAUCACAAAUAAUUUGGAUUGCCCCAAGCGGCGGUAGGGAUCGACCAGUUUCCGACUCCGGGGAAUGGGCACCGGCACCCUUUGAUCCUUCUUCAGUAGAUAAUAUGCGAAGGCUUGUCGAACAUUCAGGUCCACCAGGUCAUAUCUAUCCUUUGGCAAUAUUGUGCCAUGACAUAAUGCCCCCUCCACUAAAGGUUGAAAAAGAAAUUGGGGAGAAAAGAGUUAUAUCCUUUCAUGGGGCUGGCAUAUCAGUUGCUCCAGAAAUAAGCUUUUCCAACGUCACUGCUGCUUGUGAAAAUCCUGAAAAGGCUAAGGAUGCUUAUACAAAAGCCUUGUACGAUUCUGUGACUGAGCAAUAUGAUGUGCUGAAGUCUGCCAUACACGGCAAAAAAGGAUUAGAAGCGUCAACUCCUGUUGUUUCUUUGUCGAAGCCACGGAAGCUAAAGACGGAUACUCAAAAGCCUUGUAUGAUUCUGUGAGUGGGCAAUAUGAUGUGCUGAAGUCUGCCAUACACGGCAAAAAAGGAUUAGAAGCAUCAACUCCUGUAGUUUCUUUGUCGCAGCCAUGGAAGUAGUUCAGAUUUGAAUAUUUUUUAUUACACCGUCUCUCUGAUUAUCAGAUGCACAAGUUACAAUACGUCACUUCAGAGAUGGCUGCCCAUACCUACAUCCAAUGAUUAGCUUGAUAGAAGUUCCCUGUCAAAUAUAGUUUCUUUUUCAUUUUUCUGUUUGCGCUUAAAUUUACCAGGAAUCUGUUUCAGAAGGUUCAAAAUUAGCUGUUACUGUACAGGUCCCUCUUAGUUUCUUGUCACAUCCAGUCCAUUGACUGAUAAGAGACCAAAUAUAUUUUUUACCUAAUUCUUUUUUGUAUCAGGAUUUUUUUGGCUAGCUAAAUAGAUAAUAGCUAAUUUGUAAUUGAGUCAAAUUUGUUCCAUUAUAGAUGUAUAAUUGUUAAUAUUAGAAUAUUUUCAUAACUAAAUUA